GCGGUGGGGGUCAGCCCCUGCCCAGUGACCCUGGAGUGAGGAGGGGGGCGGCUCAGUCAGUGCAAAGUGUCCCCACAACGCCCCCGGCUGGGUCUGCGGCUCCCCCCACCCCUGAGCCAGUGCCAGUGGGGGGAGCGGCGGCGGAGCGGCCGCCGGUCCCGUCCCCCUCAGGAGGAGACAGGCUCAAGCUGCCUCAGGGGAGACUUGCAAGCUGUGAAUCUGAAGGAGACGAUACAGACAGUAAGAAAAAGUGAAAGUAGUACUCAAUAUAAAGGUGAUAAUCCACCUUCACUCUUCUCUCAUAUCCCAGGCCAUCUCUGCACGUCCACCCUUGUCUGGAUGUUUGUGGAACCCUUUCUUGUUGGUUCUAGUGACUCAUUUAUGACAAAAAUACCCUGGAAGACUGACUGAUGGUGAAUCAAAGUGAACUCCAACCUGGGCAACCAACAGACUAUCUGUCAUAACAGAUAGACAUCUUAUAAGAACUGACCUGACACUUGGUGACUAGUGUGACUGCAUGACACUUUUGUAAGAAGCAGACUCAGCUAGGAUGUUACACCAUCACUGUCGGAGGAACCCUGAACUACAGGAAGAGUUGCAGAUUCAGGCUGCAGUAGCUGCUGGGGAUGUUCACACCGUGCGCAAGAUGUUGGAACAGGGCUAUUCUCCAAAUGGUCGAGAUGCCAAUGGCUGGACCUUGCUUCAUUUCUCUGCAGCAAGAGGGAAAGAGAGAUGUGUUCGUGUAUUUCUUGAACACGGAGCUGAUCCCACAGUUAAGGACUUAAUUGGAGGCUUCACCGCUCUGCAUUAUGCUGCCAUGCAUGGCCGGGCAAGGAUUGCACGCUUGAUGUUGGAAUCAGAAUAUAGAAGUGACAUUAUCAAUGCAAAAAGCAAUGAUGGUUGGACUCCCCUCCAUGUAGCAGCCCACUAUGGCAGAGACUCAUUUGUCAGACUCCUGCUGGAGUUCAAGGCUGAGGUUGAUCCGCUCAGUGAUAAAGGUACUACACCGCUUCAGUUAGCCAUUAUCCGAGAGAGGUCAAGCUGCGUGAAAAUCCUUCUGGAUCACAAUGCCAACAUCGACAUUCAAAAUGGUUUCCUGUUACGAUACGCUGUGAUCAAAAGCAAUCACUCUUACUGCCGAAUGUUUCUUCAGAGAGGGGCGGAUACAAACUUGGGCCGCUUAGAAGAUGGACAGACACCAUUACACUUGUCUGCUCUUAGAGAUGAUGUGCUUUGUGCACAAAUGUUAUAUAAUUAUGGAGCAGACACUAACACAAGGAACUAUGAAGGACAGACCCCAUUGGCUGUUUCAAUAAGUAUUUCUGGAAGUAGCCGACCCUGUCUGGAUUUCUUACAAGAAGUAACAAGACAGCCCAGAAACUUGCAAGAUCUAUGCCGAAUUAAAAUCCGCCAGUGUAUAGGCCUUCAAAACCUAAAACUGCUUGAUGAACUACCCAUUGCCAAGGUCAUCAAAGACUAUUUAAAACACAAGUUUGAUGAUAUCUGAUAUCCAUGAAGAAAAGAACUCUGAGCAAGCUUAGUAAUAUUCCAGAUACUUAAAGAGGCUUGUUGCCUUGCACAAAGUAUAUCCUAUGCAAAUUCUGAUUUUUCUAUAAGUCAGAAGGCAGGUAUACACUUCCUUGGGUUUUUUAUACCACAUGCUAGAAGGUCUUAAUUUUUUGGUUUCUUGGUCCAAGUUUACAAGGUCCAAGCUUUCUAUACAAUAUUACAUUUUAAAAAUUUGUUGUUGUUUUUUUUAAAUGAGGCGUGCAGAUUUGCAAUGGAAAUGGAACAUAGUGUAUUCAAAGGAAGUGAUUGGUUCUGAUUGGCAUGCAUAGUAUUGUAAGCCAUCUGAGCGAUUGUUAAACAAAAUGAGGUUUGGAGACUAAGGCACCAGUCCUGCAAAGGGACCCAUGUGGGCAGACCUUUAUGUCCACACAGUCUCUUUGAUUGAUGGGACUUUGUGUAGGUGUAAACCUCUGCCCAUGUGUAUCAUUUUGAGAAUAGUAACCAUGGUUUCUUGGGACAUACUGUACAAAUGCCAUGUGGAAACUUUUUAAAAAUGCAGUCACCCUGUUCAAUUUUAAAAUGUAUAAGUUGGCUCUUUUUAUACUGUUAUUUUCCUAAUUCCUGUAGUUUGGAUGUCCAUAAAUCCAGGAUCUCUGCUUUCCUGAUAUUCUCUGUAAGUGGGCUAUUGUUUGUAACUAUAUUUUUAACAGUGACAGUACACUGCACAGAGUCAUACAGUCUCUAUUUUUUACAUUAAGUUAAGGGGAAACAAGUUUAGAUUUUGAAGCCAAUGUAUUCUGUUUCUCAUACAGUGCCUCCUGUGCAAUAAUCUUUCUAAUGUAUUUUGUCCAUGAUUGUGUGACUUUCGCACCGUUUCUUACUUAGCCUCAAUGCAUUAUUUGUGAAAAUAGGAACUGCUGCUUUAUUGUAGCAUUGAUGCAGAAAUGCUAUAAUGAUGUGUCAGUUGCUGUUACAAUCCCUGAAUUUGUUGAAUGUAUAACUUGGCUGUUUUAUUUCCCUUUGAGAUGAAAUUUUGCAUACAGCUUGUUAGGCCAGAUCUCUCUUUAAAUUGCUAUUAUUCAGCUAAGUUAUUUUAAAGGGGUUAAAAAAAUUUUUUGUUGCAUUCAAAUGUUUUUGAUUUGCUUGAAGUUGAUUAGGAUGUAGUCUCCAUUGAUAAGUGCACAUAACCCCCAUUAAUUUGGGUGUUCCUUGUGCACUGACAAGAAAACAGUCCCCUUAGCAUUAGAAGCUUAAAUUUUGCAAACACUAAGUGGGCGGUUCUUAACCUGAAACCGGCAAGUGAUUUCAGUAGUUAAAUUUUCCUUUUUUGUUUUCAUCAUAAGCAUUAAUAAAGAGCCUGUUCCUAGUUGUCAAUGGAAA